AUGUCCAACUUUCUUAAUCAGGACUUUGGUUCGGAGGAUGAGGAUGACGAAUUCAACCCAGCCCCCGUUGAUGAGUCUGAGGGUGAGGACUCCAAGCCGGCCAAAUCUCAUGAGCGCCAAGCCCCUGGCUCCGACGAUCUGAAGGAUGAAGGCGAUGCGGAAGAAGACGAUGUCAAGGAUGUUGUCGAUGAUGAUGAGGAUGACGAAGAAGAUGAAGAAGAGGACGAAGAUGCAGAGGAAGAGGAAGACGCCGUGGAGGCUCGUCCCCGCAAGCGCAGACGUGGUCCCCUCAACCCCUUCAUCGAUGAAGAGGCCGGUGUCGACGAGGAGGAAGAUGAAGCUGAAGACGACGAGGACGAACUCGCCGAGUUCGGUACAGAAAUGCACCCCGACGACUUCGACCAGCUGCCCGCCGGCGCCGAAACAGAUGACCGCCGCCACCGACAGCUCGAUCGUCAACGUGAGCUUGAUGCUACAAUGGACGCAGAGAAGCAGGCUCAAUUGCUCAAGGAGCGCUACGGACGAAACCGCGCUGCGGCUACUGAUGCUCUCGUGAUCCCCAAGCGAUUGCUUCUUCCCAGCGUGGAGGAUCCCAGCAUUUGGGGCGCUCGCUGCAAGCCUGGAAAGGAGCGCGAGGUCGUCUACUCAAUCCAGAAGCGCAUCGAGGAGCGCCCGGCUGGGUCUCGCAACCCCAUUCGCAUCAUUUCGGCUUUCGAGCGCGGACAUCUCAUGCAGGGUUGGUUCUACUGUGAAGCGCGCAGACAGGCUGAUGUCACGGAAGGUCUGGAGGGUAUCAACUUCUACUACCCAUCCCAGAAGAUGACUCUGGUUCCUGUGAAGGAAAUGCCUGAUUUGCUGAAGGUCCAGAAAUCAGAGGAAUUAAUGCCGGGUGGAUGGGUUCGCAUCAAACGCGGCCGCUACCAGGGCGAUUUGGCGCAGAUUGAAGAGGUCGAGACAAAUGGCCUGAAUGUUACUGUCCGCGUUGUUCCUCGUCUUGACUAUGGCAUGAAUGAAGAUGCUGCUGCUCUGAUGGGACCUGACGUCAAGCGCAAGCGUGGUGCUACGAAUACCAUUCGUCCUCCGCAGCGCCUGUUUAACGAAUCCGAGGCAAAGAAGAAGCACGCAAAAUACCUCUCGGCUACAUCUGGACUAGGCGGCAAGUCUUGGAGCUACCUGAACGAUACUUACAUUGAUGGCUUCCUUAUCAAGGACAUGCGCGUCCAGCACUUGAUCACUAAGAAUGUCAACCCGAGAUUGGAGGAAGUCACGAUGUUUGCCCGUGGAGGAGAAGAUGGCACUGCCAAUCUGGAUCUGGCUUCGCUGGCCGAGACUUUGAAAAACUCCACCGCCGAGGACUCGUAUCAGCCGGGCGACCCCGUCGAGGUCUAUCGUGGUGAACAACAAGGCUUGAUUGGUCGCACCGUUUCAACCCGCGGCGACAUCGUAUCCUUGCAAGUUACUGAGGGAGAUCUGGCUGGCCAGACAAUUGAUGCCCCUGUCCGAACUCUGCGCAAGCGUUUCCGUGAGGGUGACCACGUUAAGGUCAUCGGAGGAAGCCGUUACCAAAACGAACUUGGUAUGGUGGUACAGGUCAAAGAUGACACUGUCACUAUUCUCAGCGACAUGAGCAUGCAGGAAAUCACGGUCUUUAGUAAAGACCUUCGUCUUUCCGCCGAAAUGGGUGCUGAUGGUCAACUCGGAAUCUAUGAUGUCCAUGACCUUGUCCAGCUUGACGCUGCAACUGUUGCCUGUGUCAUCAAGGUUGACCGCGAGUCCCUUCGUGUCGUGGAUCAGAAUGGCUCUGUCCGCAAUAUUCUUCCUACUCAGAUUGCCAACAAAAUUCCACCCCGUCGUGAUGCCGUUGCGACUGACCGCAACGGUGCAGAGAUCCGAAACGGUGACACUGUCCGGGAGGUCUACGGAGAGCAAAGAACCGGAGCUAUUCGCCACAUUCAUCGUUCAUACCUUUUCCUGCACAAUAAAGCCCAAGCAGAGAAUGCAGGCAUUUCUGUGGUACGAACGACGAACGUCGUCACCGUGUCCGCUCGAGGUGGUCGUCCAACUGGUCCUGAUCUGACCAAGCUGAACCCUGCCCUCAACAUGCAAGGCCCCGGGGGUGGCCGUGGUGCUGCAAUGCCACCGCCUUCCCGUGGACGUGAUACACUUAUCGGAAAGACUGUUGCUGUUCGCAAGGGCCGCUACAAGGGUCUAGUUGGUAUUGUCCGUGAUGCCGAUGAUAAGAACGCUCAGGUCGAGCUUUACACAGUCAACAAGCCCGUUCAAAUAGACCGGAAUAUUCUCACUCCCAAGGACCCGAUUACCAAGCAGACAUUGGAUUCCGGACGUGGACGUGGACGAGGCCGGGGUGGAGGUGGAGCAGGAGGCUCGCGUGUUCCUUAUGGCUCUGGCGCUCCUUCAGGCGCUCCUGGUUGGUCAGGUGGCCGUACCCCGAUGGCUGCUGCCGACUCCUCGAGGACCCCGGCUUGGGGCGGUGCCGCUGCUUCUCGAACUCCUGCGUGGGGUGGCAUGAGCGGCUCCCGUACGCCGGCUUGGAAGAACGAUGGAUCCCGCACGACCAACCCUUACGAAGCUGGAAACCGCACUGCGUACGGAGGUCUUGGCAAUCGCACCCCAGCGUGGAACUCCGGCUCUCGCACACCCUACGACUCCGGCUCCGGCUACGACGCAUUUGCCUCCGGAUCCCGCACUCCCGCCUGGGGUGGUGCUGGUGCUGGUGCUGGUGCUGGUGCUGGUGCUGGUGCUGGCGCAAACACUGGAAACCGCACGCCUGCCUGGGGUGGCCUCUCCAAUGGCCGCGACCAGCGCGACUUCGAUGACGCUCCUACGCCCGGCGGUGGCUAUUCCGCCUCUACGCCCGACAGCGCCCCCACACCCGGAGCCUUCAACGCACCUACUCCAGGCGGUUUGCCGAAGCGCGGAGGCUACGAUGCCCCAACCCCAGCUGCAUAUGACGCACCUACCCCAGCUAUGGGCGGCGCGGCGGCUACGCCUGGUGCUGGCUACGGAGAUGAUGACGGCGGCCCACGUUACGACGACGGUACUCCCAGCCCGUAA